ACAACAACGGAAGCUCGUCAGCGAUUAAUGUGUUGUGUAUGUUUGUGUCUUCCUAUUUCUACGCCCCCGUUCCGGGUAUGGAAAAAAUCUAAUGUACAGUCUAUUCCAAGCCGCCACUAUGAAAGCAACUCGACUAAUUGGUGUCAUCGUGAUUCUGCAAGUGUUUUCUAUUAAUGUUACUCAGAGUGCUAAAGUUUGGCUGCCACGUGUAGAUUUCAUGGAUAUUUCGAAUUGGAUACCGUCGGGAUUGCCUUCUGGGCAACAAACGAUCGUUUUUCCCAGUAAACUAAAUGCCCUCGUUGCACUGCCCGAGGGUAUUUUAACCGUGUCAGCGCUCAUCCUUCCGCAGCAAGGAGGAUUACUCUUCCCUGUACAUUCAUUUUUGCUUAACGUUGUGUCCCAAGAUCCUGCGUCGAUUUCCGUGGCGCUAUUCAAAGUCCCCGGCCGUACACCGUACUAUUCUGGAAACAACUGGGCAACUUAUGACGAGCAACGAUCUUUACGCCAAGCGCCGAACGCCGCCGUGCCACAUUCUGAGCGUGUACCGUGUCAAUAUGAAACAGUUAUUUUUGAGACGGGAAAGAACUUGCCUAAACCAAUUGACAUGCAGUACCACGAGUCAAUCGAAGUUGGAAACGUACGUUUCGGGGACACGAUCGAAGGUUUCGAAAAUUUCCACAAUUUCAUGUCGUCCGAAGUGGGUCAAUUUUUAUUCUACAAUGCAGAAGACACACUCAUUCGACCCGGUAAAUGUGUCAACGCAGAAAAAUGUCCUUGCCAGGAACCACGUCAAAUUGAUGCAAUUUGCUCGAACGAGCGUUGCGCUGAACCACACUGUCUAUCGCCGAUACAGCCUCCAGGACACUGUUGCCCGAUUUGUGGAAGUUUAUUUCGCAUAAAUAUGGCUUUGUUCCAAGGGGUGUUUAAUCUGCAAUCGUUCACGGAAAAGCUUCGUCGCAAGAUUAUUUCGGCGGAAGUGGAUGAUGCGGACGUGGAGUAUCAUAUUGGAAUCGAUCGGUUGAAGGGAGCGAACGUGGUGCAGCUAAUUGUCGUUGACAAGGGCGAGUAUGGAGAAAAGAGCAUUCGGAUGAUGGACAGUUUGCGACCGUUUUUCGAGAAACAAUUUGCAUCCGGUUUCCAUAUAACGCAUGCUGGUCAACCGCAUACACCGCUGGAUAGAGGCCAGGUGCUAGCGUUUGUGCUGUUAACCUUUAUCAUCAUCUCUGCUUUUUUCACCGUCCUUUACGUAUACUACUACGAUGGCACGUUACUUCCGCGGCUUAGAGUGGCGGUUCGCAAUCGCCAGUUCUUCACAACACCUUUUGUAUUUGCACGUUUCCACCCCAGCAGUGACGUAGAUGGGCUCUCGGUGGACGUUAAUUUUCCCAGCGAUAGGCAGCAACCAGCCGAAGAAACUGAAGGAUCAGUAACCCCGGACAGCGCAGACAGUCAUCAUGCCACUUCAUUUAACAAUCCUAUGUAUGAAAAGCCUACACAAAAGUUGGACCCCGCCCUGGAAGUGUUUGACGAUGUGAAGCUACGUGCCAAAUGACAGGUCAUUCUUACCUUUCCACGGACAUCCCCAAUAACAUCGUGCUUGUCGCGGAGUUGUUCCAGUCCCUUCAACAAGUAGGUACCCACAUCUAGUGAGUUUUUUUGCAUUUCUUCCUCAUCGAUCACCUACGUGAGAAAGAUAGUAUUAUUUUGUUUGUUCGUUCCUGCUACGAAUAAAGUGUAUCGUUUUAGCUCACA